AACAUGAAAACUGUGAUUUAAGGUUGGAGUGAGCAACACAGGCUUCGGUAUAGGCGAAUAAUUAUUAUUCCACCAUGCUUGCUUUCAUGCUUAAUUUUCAUCAUGGCAAAAAAGAACAUUAAGUAAAUGCAAUGCCAAUCGCUGGAACCACUUCACAAAUAAUAAUACUAAACGACGGGAAUUUCAAGGAUAAGGCUAGGCAACAACUUACAUUUGAGUGAAUAAUCGCGAGGGCUUUUGCUAUUCGCACAAUCAUGUCUCAUAAAGUUCCUGCUUUUGAAAUUGAUGUUAAUUCGCCUGGUGGAUUGAUGCCACAAAUACAGGCAUUGAUCGCUCCACCGUCUUGUGAAGAUUCUCACUCGUUAAAAUUGAAGAAAGAAAAGGAGGAAAGGAGGCAUGCAUAUUUCAAACGACCUGGACGAGGUCAUAAUAGAGAUUUUUGCGAUGCCUGCCACGACGGAGGAGAGCUCAUAUGCUGUGAUAAAUGCCCAGCCUCCUUUCACCUACAAUGCCACAAUCCUCCAUUAGAGUUGUCGGAUAUUCCAAACGGAGAAUGGAUAUGUCAUGCUUGCCAUUGUGCUUUAAAGAGAGAAAAUAAUGCUGGAAACAAAAGAAAGAAAAAAUCCGCUUUAGAAGUUCUAGCCUUUGCAGCUUCGUUAGUUAAUCCUAGAGAAUUCAAUUUACCUAGAGAAUUACAGUUACCUAUAACAUUUCCUGGGACGGAUAAAAUAGAUCCAGUUUCCUACAAGAGGGGAAAGCAUCAUAACGCCACAAAUCUCAAUGGAAAAAUUCAUUAUCACGAGAAUGGAUCUAUUAUUCCGCUACCCGCACGUCUUUGUUUCGAAUGCGGACGGAGUUGUAGAAAAGCUCCUCUCAUCGCGUGCGAUUAUUGCCCAUUGUAUUUUCAUCAAGACUGCUUAGAUCCACCCCUCACUGCAUUCCCAAGCGGUAGAUGGAUGUGCCCAAAUCAUUUGAAUCACUUUAUCGAUCAAAAUCUUUUGACCUCGUGUGCCGCUACAGAAAGGGUUAAGUUGUGGGACAAAUUUGCCCACCAACGAAUCGAUCAACACGCCGUUAAACUGCAAUUUUUGCGAAAAGCUCACUCCAUUAAUCCCCCAUUUAGGAUAAAGAUUAAGCAUAAUCAAAAGUGUAGAGUUAAAGUUCCACCUAGUGUAAAGUUUCAUUAUGCUAAUCCGCCUGAGCUUGAUUUUUGUAAUGUAUACAGAUCGGGUAGUUUUAUAUAUCCAACGUCGAAAAAAAAGUUUUCUACCGACGUUUCUAGAACCGAGUACGACGAAGCACAAGUAGAAAAUAGUGAAGACGUUAAAUCAGAAGUAGAGGAAAUUAGUACUAAAGACAAUGGUAUUUUAUUAGAUGUAGAUGAAAAGAGAGAAGAGAUAGUACAAAGUGAACGGACUAACGAUAUAAGCGAGGACAGCAAAUGUGAAAGUGAUACGGAAUUAGAAGAUAAUGUUUUUAUGAAAAGUGGCUUAGGAUUAAGUAUAAAAGAAGGAAUUAGUCUUUUAGAAAGGCCAGUAUUAGAAGCAUUAGCCCAACAAAGGUUAGAACAAAUUUUGAAUCCAAUGGAAGAAUGCUAUCAAACUUUAAAUUGCACCUCAAAAGCUAGAGCACUUAUGUUUCCAUUAGGCCAAACGACAGGUCCUCCAGUAUUCAUGACUUGUAAGACUCUCAAUAUCGGAACAGGUUGCGAAUCUGAUUUAUUACUUGGUCGAUAUGGUUCCUGCAGUUUUAUAUCACCAAAGCACGCAGUCAUCUUCUUCGACGAGACUACCAAUCGCUACGAACUGCUGAAUUACAGUGAGCAUGGAACUACGGUUGACAACGUUUUAUAUUCCUGCAAUUACAGUAUGCAUCCGAUCGAUGUCGAUUAUGUUGAUGCGACUAAAGAUGGACACUCUUCCAAAACGAAAGACCACGAUGCGGUCGAAGUUAUAAAACAGAUUGCAAAUAGAAAUACACCGAUCGCAAUCGACGGCGCUCCCGUGAAGCAAUGUACGUGCAAAUGUGCUAAUAGGAGAGAAAGGCGCAACAGCAGCGAUUGCAUAGAUCAAGGUUGGGAAGGUAGUGCAAUGGUCGAUCAUGGCUCUAUUUUGACAUUUGGCUGCCUCACCUUUGUGUUCAGUGUAGUGAAUUCAUUCACGAGUCGAUAAUACUCAACAUUGUACAGAUUUCAUAAACUAGACACUUCUUCAGUAAGAAAAAUGUUAUUUAUUGUUAUUAUAGUACGUUGAUUGCUUAAAGAACUCAGGUUAUUGAAAUUCGCAAUUAUUUACGUUAAGAUAAUAGUACACGAACAAGUCUGUUUACACUGCCUUUUUUCCUAUAGAAAGAAAGAACGAAGAAUGAAAGAGCGAACGAAAUACACGGAGAGAUAGAGAUAG